CUCGCACCGCCAGCCCGCUCCCAUCGCACACGCAUCCACACGCCCUCUCACGACCCUUAUCCGCACUCUCAAAUUGCCACGCCGUCCAUCUGCCAGCCACUUCCGCACGCCGUGGCCGCCGGCUGCGCCCCGCUGCCCCGCAUGUCCUCGCCGCGGGCCAUCCUGCUGCGCGGCGCUGCUGCCGCCUCGCCGACCUACUUCACCCUGCUGCCCGACUCGUUCGCCGAGCUGCUGAACAAGGCACGCACCCUCUUCCCGGCGCCGCCCGCCUCGCCCUCGACAUCCGCCGCCGCGCGCGUCGAGCCCGAGGCGCGCCUGACGCUCGGCAGCGAUGCGUCGGCCAUCCUCUGCGCCGAUGCGCUGCCGGCACUGCGCGAGCGCGAGCUGCUCGUGCUGCGCUGGAGCGUGCCCGCCAGCGCCGCCCCGCCUGCCGUCGCCGCGCCCGCCGCGAGCCCCAGCCCGGCGCUGAAGAGCAGCCUGCGUGUGCGCUGGGACGCCAGCAUCCCGCCGCCGGCGCAGCAGGCCGGGCCCAGCUCGGAUGCCGCCGCUGCGGCGCCGACGAGCGUGGCACAGCUGCGCCAGGCCGCCGGCACCAAGGCGCGCCUGCGUGCCGAGCAUGCGCGUCGCGUCCUCGAGGAGCAGCGCGUGCUGCGCGUCCGCGAGGCCGAGCAGCAGGCCGGCGACGGCGAGCCGAGCGCGUCGACGGCCUCUGUGGGACAGAGUGAGGAGACGAGCGAGUGCGCAGAGCCACCGUCUCCGGUUGUCUCCGCCCUCGAGAGCGCCGCAGCAGGUGUCACGGCAUCUGAGGCACCGGCCGCUGCUGUGAACAACGCUGUACAGCCGCCGCUGUCGCCGUCAUCCUCGACCACUGCCUCGCCCGUCGUGCAAGAGACUGCCUCGCCGGUCAAGCCCGCCUCCGCUACAGCAUCGCCAGCUCUGGCUUCGCCGUCGACCGCGUCUCAGCCGGAGCAGCAGUUUGCAAGCGCAUCCACCACGCUUGAUCUGCCUCAGCCAGCCGAGGACAGCAGCAGCCCGCCGCCAUACUCCAGUCCUCGCGUGCCGGUGCCCAUCGCCACAAGCAGCGAUGCGCAAGAGAUGGACAUCGAUACGCAGCAGGGCUCCAGCCCGCCGACGAGCCCGACGCGCAACGUGCAGUCGGCGCUGCUCAAGCCGCUCGCGUCGAAUGCGCUCGAGCUCGGUGCCGCAACGCGCCGUGGCGAUGCCUCUGACCGCAUGAGCAUGGCGUACCGCAGCAUGACGGCCGUGCUCGAGGCCCUGCGCCACCACCCGGGCAACCUGUACUUCCGACACGCGCUGCCCGCCUCCUUUGUGCACUUCUCACAGAAGCACUGCGGCCAGCACGUCGACUUUGCCGUGCUCGCCUCGCGCAUCGCCGCACGCGCCUACCACGAUGCCGCGGGCCCGUCGGCCGGCGCAGCGAGCGACGUGGCCGAGGCACGCGAGGCGCUCAUGCGCUUCAAGACGGACCUGACGCAGCUCUGGCGCAACGCAGCGGCCUUCUUUGGCAGCAAGAGCAAGGAGGCCGUCUGCGCCGACACGCUGCGCCGCUUCGCCGAGAUCGUGUUCGAGGAGUGGAGCCGCCGCCUGGGCGCACAGCCCGCAGCGGCCGGCGCAACCAGCAGCGAGGCCGAGAAGCCGGCUGCCGUGCGGCGAGAGGGUGCAGACGAUGCGCAGCGCACUCCGCAAGCACAGCGCUUCUUCCGUGCGCUCUCUGGCGCCGGCGCACCUGGUGCUCGGGCACCAGCGCCAAGCCAGGCGCAGCGUUCCUUCCUGGCAUCGAAGCGCCUGCCGCAGCAGGCGCCACCGCACCCUCGCAAGCGGCUUGGCCCGCCGCUGGCGCUGCACUCGCAGGCGCCCGCCUCGGCCUCCGCCAAGCGUGGCGAGCCGACAGCCGAGCAGUACGCUGCCUUUCUCAGCGCCGUCUCUGCGCCAUCCACACGUGCGGCUGCGCCUCGCGGCCUCGACCUGCCGGCACGCGACGACGCCUCGCGCAUGGGCAGCGCCGACGUGCGGACGCCGACGUACGAGAGCGUGCUGGAGGUGCCGCAGAUGCCGCCGCAGCCCAAGCCGCAGCAAGCGCAGCCGCAAGAGAAGGCGGUCCCUCAGCCGCAGCCGCAGUCAGAGGCGGCCAAGCAGCCACAGCUGGUCCCGCGGCCUAUGCUGGCGGCUGAGAGCCGCAAGCACAAGGCGCUGCCGCGUGCAAACCGCCGCACUCGGGGCACUACUCGCUCGCUCGCCGUCGCGCUGGGCAACUCGUCGGCCGAGGAGGAGGAAUCCUCACAGUCGAGCAACGAGCUCUCCGACACGCCAGCGAGCGGCUCGAGGCGCGCCUCUCCCACCCUCGCUCUUGCCGCCGCUGUGCCACGCCGCAGCUCUGGACGCGCUGCCCACGACGCCAUCACGAUCGAGUCGGACGGCUCCGACGACGAUGCCUCCUUCGUCGAGGCCCUCGUCUUCGGCGCCGCUGCGGCUCCCGCGCUGCCCAGCACGCCGCGCUUCAAGCGCAAGGCACGCACCUCGCUCGGCGCCGGCGCCUACGCCGAGCCGUCGUCGUCAGACUUCGACGGCGACUCGCUCUCCGAGGCAGAGCCGGAGCAGGACGACGUGCAGGAGGCGGAGGAGUCCGUCGAGGAGCGCGAGGAGCCGCCGCGGCCAACUCGCCCCGCCAAGCGCUUCCGCAGCAAGCUGGCCGCCCUCGCUGCGGCUGCCGCCGCUCCGCAGAAGCAGCAGGAGGAAUUCCAGCCGAAGCGCAGCGCGCGCAUGAUCGCGCGACGACAGCGCGGCGUGCGUGCUUGA